UCCUCUCUCCCGCCGCACCGUGCGCACUGAAUCCCAUUCGCUAACUGAAGAGUGGAAAGCAAACAACCAUCACCAAACCCCAGCCCCGACGGCCCACCUCGCCGUCUCCGGCGAUCGCCGUCGCCGCGCUGGCCUUGAUCCCAACCCCAACCCUGCCCCUAUUACCGCCCGUGGCGCUCGUACUCUGAUGCUUCCCACCCCAUGGCCCACCACAUUCCCCGUCCCCUUCCCCUUCCCCUUCGUCGCCGCCUCCACCACCUCUUCCUCCUUGCCCUUCUCGCCGUCGCAUCAGGUAACCCUAGCCCCGGGGUGUACGAUCGGGGGGCCGAGGAAGCGGAGGCGUACUCGAUCCUGACAUUUCACGACUACACACCGCCGCCUCCCCCAGCGCUGCCGCCCCCGCCUGCCGCCCCGGCGGCGACCUGCGCCGGCGACCUCGGUGGCGUGGGCGACCUCGACACGCGCUGCGUAGUCCCCGCGUCCGUGCGGCUCGACGGCGGCGGCGUCUUCAUCGGCGGGAAUGGCAGCCUCCAGCUCCUGGACGGUGUCUCUGUCACCUGCCAGAGGCCAGGGUGCGUUGUCUCCGCCAAUUUGUCUGGUGAUAUCCGCUUCGGCCAUGGCGCCCGUGUCGUAGCCGGAUGGGUCUCUCUCGCGGCCACCAACAUCACUCUCGGCAACGACGCCGUUAUCGACACCACUGCGCUUGCCGGCAACCCGCCGGAUAAGACCAGCGGCGUACCCACCGGGACAUAUGGAGAUGGUGGUGGGCAUGGUGGCCGCGGCGCAAGCUGCUACGUCAAUAAGGGGCAAACGCAGGAGGACUCGUGGGGUGGCGAUACCUAUGCCUGGUCUGAGCUCAAGACCCCGAAUAGCUAUGGGAGCAAAGGGGGAUCUACUAGCGUUGAGAAGGACUAUGGUGGCGGGGGUGGCGGAGUAGUGUGGUUGUUUGCAGAUGAAAUUGUCAUGAAUGGAACAGUUAUUGCAGAUGGCGGUAAUGGUGGCACCAAGGGUGGGGGUGGCUCCGGGGGAAGCAUCUAUCUUAAGGCUGCAACCAUGCAAGGCGGUGGCAAAAUAAGUGCAUGUGGAGGCAACGGUUUGUCUGGGGGAGGUGGAGGACGUGUUUCUAUUGAUGUUUUCAGUAGGCAUGAUGACACUCAUUUUUUUGUUCAUGGGGGGAGGAGUUCAGGAUGUCCAGACAACGCAGGAGCAGCUGGGACACUUUAUGAAGAAGUACCUAAGAGUAUUACUGUUAGCAACAAUAACUUGAGCACACAAACUGAUACAGUUUUUUUAGACCCCCCAUAUGAGCCACUCUGGACAAAUGUUUUUAUCAAGAAUCAUGCAAAAGUUUCUCUGCCGCUGCGCUGGAGUCGUCUUCAGGCACAAGGACAAAUUAGUCUUCUAUCUCGGGCUACUCUAACUUUUGGCCUGACACAUUACCCUUAUUCAGAGUUUGAACUAUUGGCUGAGGAACUUCUUAUGAGUGAUUCUACAAUACAGGUCUUUGGUGCUCUACGAAUGUCCGUAAAGAUGCUCCUUAUGUGGAACUCUAGGAUGGUUAUUGAUGGUGGCAGAGAUUCAGGAGUUGCAACUUCUUUACUGGAAGGAAGCAAUUUGAUAGUUCUGAGGGAAUCAUCAGUGAUACAUUCUAAUGGUAAUCUUGGAAUUCAUGGUCAAGGCGUUCUGAAUUUAUCCGGAAAUGGAGACACAAUUGAGGCACAACGUCUUAUUUUAUCACUAUUCUACAACAUACUGGUUGGACGUGGAGCUGUUCUACGGGGCCCACUUAUAAACGCGAGCGGUGAUGAUGUGGCCCCAAAGUUGAAUUGCGAAAAUGAGAGUUGUCCUAUGGAAAUUUUUCAUCCGCCCGAGGAUUGCAAUCUGAAUUCUUCCUUAUCUUUUACUCUACAGAUAUGCCGUGUUGAAGAUAUUGAUGUGUCUGGCCUUGUGCAAGGAACUGUCAUAAAUUUUAAUAGAGCAAGAAAUGUCACCAUACAGCGACAUGGGAGCAUUAGUGCAACAGGAUUAGCAUAUUUUCCAUGGUGGCUAGUUAUAGCUGGGAGGCAGACCUCGUUGCAGCGGCGUGAGAUUUUCUGCUGCCGAGGUGGAAUUGGACGAGGAGGAAUGUUAAGCAGCGGCCUUAGUGGUGGGGGUGGGCAUGGUGGUAAAGGCGGGGACGGUUUUUACAGCGGCAAGCAUUCAGGUGGUGGAGCUGCAUAUGGUAGUGCUGAUUUGCCUUGUGAACUUGGCAGUGGCAGUGGUAAUGUCAGUACAACAUCUUCAACAGCUGGUGGUGGUAUAAUAGUGAUGGGUUCUUUGGAGCAAUCUCUGCCUAUUCUCUCUCUCUCUGGUUCAGUGGAAGCCAACGGUGGCAGUUUCACUCGUGUGGUGACUCAUGCUGCAAAUGGAGGACCUGGUGGUGGUUCUGGGGGCACAAUUCUUCUAUUUGUGCGGACUUUAUCUUUAGAGAACAGCUCAGUACUUUCUAGUGUUGGUGGGGUUGGAAGCAAUGGUAGUGGUGGAGGUGGAGGCGGUCGCAUUCACUUCCACUGGUCCGACAUUCCCACUGGAGAUGACUAUGUUCCUUUUGCAACUGUCAAAGGAUCAAUACUUGCGAGAGGAGGAAUUGUCGAAGGCCGAGGUUUUCCUGGUGAGAAUGGCACAGUUACAGCAAAAGAUUGCCCGAAAGGUCUUUAUGGUACAUUUUGCAAGGAGUGUCCUGUAGGAACAUACAAGAACAUUACUGGGUCUUCUAAUUCCUUGUGUUCUCCAUGCCCUGCAUAUGAGCUCCCUCAUCGGGCUAUUUACAUGCAUAUCCGAGGAGGUGUCGCUGAAACCCCAUGCCCAUACAAAUGUGUAUCAGAUAGAUAUCGUAUGCCUCACUGUUUUACUGCUCUUGAAGAGCUAAUAUACACUUUUGGUGGACCUUGGUUCUUUGGCUUGCUUCUUUCAGGCCUUCUUGUUUUAUUGGCUCUUGUUUUGAGUAUUGCUCGGAUGAAAUUUGCUGGUACUGAUGAGUUUCCUGGACCAGCACCAACUCAACAUGGCUCCCAAAUUGAUCACUCUUUUCCCUUCCUAGAAUCACUGAAUGAGGUAUUGGAAACAAAUAGGGCCGAAGAAUCUCACUGCCAUGUGCACAGGAUGUUUUUCAUGGGCCCAAAUACCUUCAGUGAACCUUGGCAUCUCCCGCACACGCCGCCUGAACAGAUUACAGAUAUUGUAUACGAGGAUGCGUUUAACAAGUUUGUCGAUGAGAUCAAUGCUCUGGCAGCUUAUCAGUGGUGGGAGGGAUCAAUUUGUAGUAUUCUGUGUAUACUUUCCUACCCCUUGGCGUGGUCCUGGCAACAGUGGCGCCGAAGAAAAAAGUUACAACGACUACGUGAGUUUGUUCGAUCUGAAUAUGAUCAUUCGUGCUUACGGUCGUGCCGUUCACGUGCCCUUUACGAAGGGCUGAAGGUAGCUGCCACUCCAGAUUUAAUGCUGGGUUAUUUGGAUUUUUACCUUGGUGGGGAUGAGAAAAGGCCCGAUCUGCCCACUCGUCUUCAUCAAAGGUUUCCAAUGUCCUUGAUUUUUGGCGGUGAUGGAAGUUACAUGGCUCCAUUUUCACUUCACAGUGAUAGUGUAGUCACAAGUCUUAUAAGCCAGGUUGUACCAUCAUCAAUAUGGCACCGUCUUGUUGCUGGACUGAAUGCCCAGCUGCGUUUGGUUCGUCAUGGAAAUUUGAAAGUAACCUUUCUUCCUAUGCUCAAAUGGCUUGAAACUCAUGCAAAUCCUGCCUUAGACACAUACCAUGUACGUGUUGACCUUGCAUGGUUCCAAGCUACAGCAUUAGGAUACUGUCAAUACGGCCUUGUUAUUCAUGCUGUGGGGGGAGAAGCAGUGGCUGCUGAACUUCAAGGUGGCUCUAGAAUAAUAUUUGAUCAACAUUCAUUAAAUCAGAAUGUAGAUGCUGACUCUCAACUAGGCCACUCAAGGAACAAUGAUGCUUAUAUGUGUAAAAGUAUAACCGGUGGAAUUCUCAAUGUUGACAACUUGAUGACGCUCAAAGACAGGAGUGACUUGUUUCAUCCUCUGUCUCUUAUCUUGCACAACACUAAACCGGUUGGACAUCAGGAUUUUGUUGGUUUGGUCAUCUCAAUAUUGCUUCUUGCAGAUUUUAGCUUAGUGUUGCUUACGUCUCUCCAGCUAUAUUCUUACUCUAUGGUCGACAUUUUGUUAGUCUUGUUUGUUCUUCCUCUUGGAAUACUGGCACCAUUUCCAGCUGGGAUAAAUGCUCUCUUUAGUCAUGGCCCACGUCGCUCAGCAGGCCUUGCUCGUGUGUAUGCAUUGUGGAACAUUACAUCUCUGGUUAAUGUUGUUGUGGCCUUUGUAUGCGGACUUGUGCAUUAUAAGUCAUCAACAAAAAGACAUCCAAGCAUGCAGCCAUGGAAUUUGGGCGGGGAUGAAACUAGCUGGUGGUUAUUCCCAACUGGACUCGUGUUGUGUAAAUUGAUCCAAGCAAGGCUUGUUGAUUGGCACGUGUCCAUCUUAGAGAUCCAGGAUCGUGCGGUAUACAGCAAAGACCCAACUAUAUUCUGGCAGUGAUGGCAUACGGAUCACCGAAGUGGUCAUGGGAGCUUUUUGCAACUCGAGUUUUUGGGAGUUGAUAAAACGAAGGCUAGAAAGCUAGCCCAUUCUUUGUCGACCAGAUAGAGGAAGCAAGCACAAAGUAGAAUUCCUACAUAUGCAUGCUUGUAGUUUGCUGUUAAUCUUGCGCAGCCAUAACAUUUUCCUUGUAGAUAAGAAGGUUUAAGUGAUCCAUUCAUUAUAGGAUUUAGACACCAUAGGCUUACAACUUUACCAGAGCUAAUCACCGACAUAUACAGAUAGUGGGAUGGGUGAGGGCAAAUGAUCAAAUAUGAAAUUACCCUGUUCGUGGUCCAAUUCGAUGAACACAACAAAUUACCAUUUUUGGCAUUUUUGUUUGAUCUAGUGGGCUGAUGCAUCAUGCCCGCCGUUAGUUGCUGGGGUGAUCUAAAACCCUCAUCAGAGGCUCAAUGUUGGUUUGAUAAGCUAGAAGUUUCCAUCCGAA